AAAGAUCUUUGAAAUAUCUUUUGCUAGGUGCUUAAUUGUCAAUAUUAAUUAUUAAAUUUUUUUUCAAUAUGUUAGAUGAGAUUUUAUUAGAUUAAACUUUCCAGAGAAUCAAAUUUUAUGUCUUAAUUUUUAUAUUUUCCUUGUAUCUUGUGAAAUGUUUAAUGAUUUAAUAGUUUCGUAUGGAAAUUUUUUCUUAUUCAUUUUAUAUGCAAAGUACUUCAGAGCAGUGAAGAAAUGAGAAAAUAGAGUUUAGUGAAUGAAUAUUUGUAGUACUAAAUUUAUAUGGUGCUUGGCAGUUGUUAAGUGCUUUUUUUAUUUUAUUUUUUGAGAUUGUAUGUUGCUGUGUUUCCCAUGCUGGCCUAGAAUCUUUACUCCUUCUGUCUCAGCAUAGCAGGAUCUGAGAUUAUAGACAUAAACCUUAUAAUCAUGUCUGGCUUAACUACUUAAGGAUUUACAAAAUGUACAUUCCUGAUAUGCAUAAACAUACCCAGAACAGCAAAGAUUGCAGUUUAGAGGUUAACUUUUUAUCUUAUUCUGUCUUUGUUAGUUCUUCAAAUUAUUAAGUAUCAUUAUAUUUAAAUUUUACUUUAUGAUUUUCUGGAUAUAAGUUGUAUUAAAUAACUUCAUAGGUUUUCAAGAACUCUCUGUACCAUGGUUUCCAUGUGUAGUUUUGGUUUUGGUUUCUUUUUGCUUUUGAGAAAGAUCUUGAUAGGUAGGUUGAAGCUUGAAGCCACUGUGUGGCUCCUGUGUGCCUUGACCUUCCAUCUUUUCCUCCUUAUGCUUCCUGAGUGCUGUGGUUGCAGGUGUGUGCAUGGUGCUCAGCUGCAAGGCAUCUCAUUGCUAAGAACCCAGAAACUCUGAAUAAGUAUGAGAUUGUGUCUUUGCUGGUUUUUUUUUUUUUCUUUUCCUCAGUGUAUGUGUAUAUAACAUAUGUACUUUGUUUUGGGUUGUUUUCUUUUGAGACUGUUUCAGGGGACCCCAGUUGGCCUUGAACUCAUGAUUCUCCAGUCUCCACCUUCUGAGUGCUGAGAUUUCAUGUGUGUAUGUACCACCAUACCCUAUUUUGUGUUUUUGUUAAUUGUUAUAAGUAAUGUAUAUGGAAGAAAAAUUUAAAUGAUAUUCUAAGUUGGUUAAUGAAAAUAUAUAAAGUACUAUAGAUAUAUAAUAUGCUAAAAAUAGAAGUUACAGGCUGUGUUAGAAAUAGGAACUAAGAGGAAAAAAAGAAACAUUGUAGUUCAGUAUUCUGUCUCUAUUAUUGAUGAGCUAGAACAGGUAGACAGGUUUCUAGUACAUAAUAACCUAGGUACCCACUUGCUGAAAUACAUUACUACCAUAAGUCGUAGUAUUUGUAUGCCUGUUGGACCAAUGAACAUCAGAUACAAGGCAUUUUCAUAGACCAUGGUGACAUUUAGAUUACAAGACCUUUAUUUAGGAAAUGAUAGCUUUCUAUUACUGUAACUUUUAUGUUUUUUGAGAGUUUCAUACAUUGUAUUUUGGUCAUAUUUAUCCCUUAAUUCCUACCUCUGCCAAAUUUAGUGUGUAUUUUUAAUUUUAAUUAAUUAAUUAAUUAAUUAUUUUUUUUUUAACUUAUAUACUUUACAUCUGUUCACUGCCUAUAUUGCCUGUAUACUUGGGGUAUGAAGCCAGCCACACUUAAAGAAAACGACUAUUCCCCAGAAACCAUUAACUGUCAGCAGUGUUUUAGGGAUGGAGCUCAUGAGCCCUUCUUGCCUCCCAUUGUAUCAGCAAUUUUAAAGGUGCCAUGAUCAUCUAGCUCUAAGAAGAACAUAGUAGUGGGAAGCAGGAGGUGGCCAGAGCUGCUCAGUUCAUGAUUACCUGGAAACAGAAAGAGAAAGCCUUGGGGGUGAGGUAAUACCUUUCAGACAGUCCCCAUUGUUGAAAUCUGUGCUCUCUAAAUAUUUUUAUUUACCACUGAGUCCUUCCAAAUCUUUUUAGGGGUUUUGUUUGUUUUGUUUUGUGGCUUGGGAUGGUGAUAUGUGCAUGUGUGUGCAGUUGUCUGUCUGUUAAGUCCAGAAGAGGGCUUCAGAUCUCUUAGAAUCAUGGGUGCUGGGAACUGAACUCUGGUAUGCUGUGACAAUGGUGCAUGCGUGCUGUUAGCUAAUGAACCCUCUUUCUAGCCCUCCAGAUCUUUUUUGCAAUGAGUAUUCUGCUUGAUUUAUUUUAUUUUUGAGAUGAUUUUCUGCAUAGCCCUGGCUGUCCUGGAACUCACUCUGUAGGCUAUGAUGGCCUUGAACUCAGAGAUACACCUACCUCUAUCUCUCAAGUACUGGGACCUGCUGGAUGCUUCAGCAUGAAUAUGUGUGUCUUAGCCAGAUGGGUCAGUGGGUAAAUGGUUUUAACUGUAAGUCUUAUGACCUGAGUUCAGUCAUUGGUAGCCAUAUUGUGAAAGGAGAACACUCACUGUCACAACUUACUCCCUGACUCAUUGCCCCCUCCAAAAUAAGUAAAUGUAAUAUUUUGUUCCUUGUGUGUAUUGUAUGAAUAUUUUACCUACACACACACACGUGUGUAUGUGUGUAGUGUGUGUGCGCGCGAGUGCAUGCAUCAUGUGUGCUUGGUGCCUAUAGAAUCAAGAAAUGUCAGUUCAUCCCCUGGAACUGAGUUAUAGACAGUUAUGAACUGCCCUGUGGAUGAUGGAAAAUGAACUUGGGUUCUGUGCAUCUUUCUUUUUUUUUUUUUUAUGGUUUUUCGAGACAGGGUUUCUCUGUAUAGCCCUGGCUGUCCUGGAACUCACUUUGUACACCAGGCUGGCCUCGAACUCAGAAAUCUGCCUGCCUCUGCCUCCCAAGUGCUAGGAUUAAAGGCGUGCACCACCACGCCCGGGUUGCUGUGCAUCUUUCUAGUAAUUUUUUUUUUUUUACAUCUUUCUAGUAAUUUUUUGAUUGAUUGAUUAGUUGGUUGGUUGGUUUGGCUUUGCUUUUUCUUGAGAUAAGGUCUCACUUGUGUAUCCCUGGCUAGCCUGGACCUCCAUCUGUGGACCAGGCUAGCUUUGAAUUCAAAGAGAUCUGCAUUGUCUCUACUUCUUGUACUGGGAUUAAAUACCACAGCAACAAUGUUGGAUUUUUCUUUUAGCUAUUUGCAUAUUGGUGGGAACUUGUAUAUGCUCUUGUCAGGGGUUGAGAGGCUGAAGUCUUGUGUUUUUCUAUCUUUCAGAAGUUUUCAUUUUAUGUAUGAGUAUUUUGCCUACACAUGCAUCUAUUUAUCACAUAUGGUUCUGCUAUCUAUGGAACUAGAAUUACAGUUAGGAUGCUGGAGGUCGAAACUGAGGAAUCCUAUCAUCUACCUUUCCAAUAUUAGAAUACCUCUGCCUCUCCAAUGUUGGGAUUAAAGGCAUGUGUCACCACCGCAUUCUGUUUACGUCACUCUAUUUUUCUUAAAUCAUUUCUAAUAACAAUGGAGGAAGAGAAUUAUAUGACUAGAAGUUGGAAGACGCUUUAUUCAGGAGAAAAAUUUAAAGAACAUGUACAAAAUAACUUGCCUAGAGAUCUUUUAACUGGUGAACAGUUUAUUCAGCUGAGAAGGGAAUUAGCUUCUGUAAAUGGACACAGUGGUGAUGACGGCCCUCCUGGUGAUGACCUUCCAUCAGGAAUUGAAGACAUAACUGAUCCAGCAAAGCUAAUUACUGAAAUAGAAAAUAUGAGACACAGAAUCAUUGAAAUUCAUCAAGAAAUGUUUAAUUAUAAUGAGCAUGAAGUUAGUAAGAGGUGGACAUUUGAAGAAGGUAUUAAAAGACCUUAUUUUCAUGUGAAACCAUUGGAAAAGGCUCAGCUAAAAAACUGGAAAGAAUACUUAGAAUUCGAAAUUGAAAAUGGGACUCAUGAAAGAGUUGUGGUUCUCUUUGAAAGAUGUGUCAUAUCUUGUGCCCUCUAUGAGGAGUUUUGGAUUAAGUAUGCCAAGUACAUGGAAAACCAUAGCAUUGAAGGAGUGAGGCAUGUCUUCAGCAGAGCUUGUACUGUUCACCUCCCAAAGAAACCCAUGGCACACAUGCUUUGGGCAGCUUUUGAGGAACAACAGGGGAAUAUUAAUGAAGCCAGGAUUAUCUUGAGAACGUUUGAAGAAUGUGUUCUAGGAUUGGCAAUGGUUCGAUUGCGAAGAGUAAGUUUAGAACGACGGCAUGGAAAUAUGGAAGAAGCCGAACAUUUGCUUCAGGAUGCUAUAAAGAAUGCCAAAUCAAAUAAUGAGUCAUCAUUUUAUGCUAUCAAACUAGCCCGACAUCUUUUCAAAAUACAGAAAAAUCUUCCAAAAUCAAGAAAGGUACUUUUGGAAGCAAUCGAAAAAGAUAAGGAGAACACAAAGUUAUACCUCAAUUUACUUGAAAUGGAAUACAGUUGUGACCUCAAGCAAAAUGAAGAAAAUAUCCUCAAUUGCUUUGACAAAGCCAUACAUGGUUCAUUGCCUAUUAAAAUGAGAAUUACAUUUUCUCAAAGAAAAGUGGAAUUCCUUGAAGAUUUUGGUUCAGAUGUUAAUAAGCUUCUGAAUGCAUAUGAUGAACACCAAACACUUCUAAAAGAACAGGAUACUUUAAAAAGGAAAGCUGAAAAUGGCUCAGAAGAACCAGAAGAAAAGAAAGCACACACAGAAGAUUUGUCAUCAGCACAGAUCAUUGAUGGGGAUUUACAGGCAAAUCAAGCUGCAUAUAAUUACAGUGCCUGGUACCAGUACAAUUAUCAGAAUCCUUGGAAUUAUGGACAGUAUUAUCCUCCACCUCCAACUUGAUGGGAAAAUGUAAAUUUCAGAUGGCUUAUAUGAUAUGUGGAAUUAUUUUUUUUUGAAGGAUGUAAACAUAGUAUAUGCUUGUUGUAUUUGAUAAUUUGUCCUCCUAGUUUCUGUGUAACAUUUGUCUAGUUAAUAGCAGGAAAUGUCAAUUAAUAGUGUAUCAUAGAAACUUUCCUACCAUUUUUAAAAUUUACUUUUUAUUGGAGAAUUAUUUUUUUUAUUUUUAUUUUAUCUUUUUUUUUUUUUUUUUUUGCAUUAAUUGGUCUAGAAUUCUUUUGCAGCUCAUGCAGGAGAUUUGUAGCCUUAACUGUAGGGAGAAAAAACUGACUGUAAAUCAUGUCAGUUAAAAGAGAUUUGGGGGGGGGAGAAUAAGGGCUGGUUAUUGAGAAUUUUGCCUCCUAUAAAAAGAUUUUAAAAAAUUUACUUUUAAAUCCUAAGGUUGUCUAUAUGUUACUGGGGAAUUUGGCUCUAACUCCAGGAGAGAUGAACUGUUGACAUGCUCUGCCUUUGAAUAGAUUAUAAGCAAGAAAGUUUAAUGUCAGCAUCCCUUUAAGAAAUCAAAUAUCAAAGUAUGUUUUAGGAGAGUUUGUAUCUAGAAUAUUCAUGUAAAACUUAUGAGCAAGCUUUCAUUUUGAUCAGACUUAUCAUUUUUGUAAUAAAAAUGGAGACUCAUGCAGCAAUUGUUGAUGAAUUCAUUUGGGGAAGGUACACAAAAUAGAGAUUAACAUUGUCUUGAAGUAAAUUUUUCUCUAAAUCUAUUAUCUUCCUACCAGAAUGUUUUAACUGUUUUGGUUUUGUUUCAAGUUCCUGUGCCUUUUAAUUUCCACCAUGAAGUGUUAUAUUUUUAAUGUCCUUGACAAAGCUAGCCACCUUGAUUAGCAGCUCAACUCUUGGGACAGAGUCACUAGUUUUUACCUAAUUAGAAUACAGAACACACAAUAAAUAAGUCAGUCAAGACAAUCCAUGACACUUUUAUUGAGUCUUCUAGUUUACAAGGUAAAAGGAAAGCAGCUCUCUGGAAUACUUUACAUAGCUGUAGGAAAAUAUCUGAGACUUAAAGGGAGUAACAGGAUUAUGUUUCUCAAAAUGUGAGAUCAAGUAAACAAGCUUUAACUCUAAAUUUUCCAGUUGACUCUUCCCUUACAAGCUCUAAUUAGCCACAGCUCAUUUUUAUGUUUGCUGAUGUCCGAUCUGAAGUACUGGUUUCAGUCAAUGUCUACUAAUUCCACUUCAAAAAUGAGCUUGGUGUUUGGUGGAAUUCUGUGGGAAAAGGUCAAGGAAAAUUUGAAAAGUGCAUAAUAAGAGUUGUAAAUCAGAUUAUGUGCGUGGUAGAGACACAAUUAAAAGUUCUAAGGUAAGCCAGAGAUUAUGCCAGUAGAUUUAAGAGGACAGUUUUGUAUUUGACUCAGACUAGCUUGAGUUUCUUAAAAGUAUACUUGAUAAUACCUCACUAAUGCUACCAAAUUAGCCAGUAUCUUUUGAAGGUUGCAACUGCAUUCAAAACCUGUAUGUUGGCAGAACAUGUCAUCUACUGUGAAUUAUAAGACAAGUUUAGGUGUGCUUGGUGGUGCAGUUUUAAAUCCCAGCACUCAGAAGGCAGAGGCGGACCUGAGGACAGCUGGUCUGCACAAACUCUAAGAAACAAAAGGUGAGAAGGCUUUAUGAUUUCACAUGAGAUGAAUUUAACAUUUUGAAGACUACAAAGGACGACCAAUCCCAAACCUCACUCCUAUCAUCUACAAAUUACAGUAUCAAAACUAAUUUGGCAAACAAGAAUGGAAUCACCUUUCCAGUUAACUAUUAGAUCAGUUUAGUAGAAUCAUGCCUUUCUGCGUUUUGUAAAUGUUGACAAACUGGGCCCUAUCAUACAAAUACUGUAAUCCUUAAUAAAUGCUUACUAACAUUA